AGAUGUCGCUUUGGCGGUUGGACGUGAUGAAACUCGUUUCGUUCGAAAUCCGAAGGCGAUUAUUGUUUCGUCCAGUGUUUAAAAAUUAUUGAUUUAUAAAUUAAAGGAUCUCGUACAUAAUCAGCAUUUGGUUAUUUAAUUCGUUUGGGUUUAUAAUCGACAAUAUUCUUAAAGAUUGUAUGAACUGUGCCUGUUUUUGAGUGGAUCGUUUUUUUCGCUCGUGCCGAAAUGUCCGACGUAUCAAGUAUGUGGGAAAAACUACAGAGACAUGGCUCAAAGAAAUAUAUUAGUGAUUGUGAAGCGGAAAUUCGUGAAUUAAUAAGGCAAGUUGACAUAAUGGUUGAGCACGAACGUCAAAAGUGGAAUGCUGAGAAAACCAAAUUAACCGCUAAGUGUUCCCAACUACAAAACGAAUUAGAGCGUUCACUAAAGGAACUAACAGAAUUUAAAAGAUCAUCUGCUGAAGUUGAAAGAUCGAAACGGCAAUUAUCAUACAGUUGCGAAAGGCAAUUAGGAUCGUUAAGAGCGGAAGUAGAUACUAUGAAAAAAGAGUACGAUAAAUUACAUAGAAAGCACGAAAAGCAUACAAAAGAAAUGAAAAGAGAGGUAACCCGGCUUAAAACCGAACUAGAAAGCAGUAAGAAUGAAGUUAGUCGUCUCACAAAUAAAACCUCAGAUAUGCGAACUCGUAAUAAAUCAAUUGAAGAGGAAAAACAGAAGAUGGAAAACGAAUUCCAAACUUUACUAUCUGAUAAUAAAACUCUAAGAGACACGAGUGAGUUACUUCAAGGACAGAUCGCAAACUAUCAAAAUGAAUUGGAAAAGCGGAGGGAAAUUAUUGAAAAAUCAGAAUCAAACUUUAAGAAUCAAUUAUGCCAGUUGGAAAUUCAACUAGAUGGAGCAAGGGACACAAUCAAUUGCCAAGAAGUUGAAAUAUCUAAACUAAGAACAAUAUUGGAAGAUGCAAAUGGACGUCAAAAGUCCACUAGCGAUAAUCAGGAUAAAAUUCUUAUGGAUCUGUACGAAACCCAACAAUCAAAACAGAAACUGCAGAUAAUAAAAUUAGAAUUGGAAUCUGUACUUAAACUGAAAGAUGAGCAACUUGUUAAGAACGAUUAUCAUAUUAAACAGCUGGAGGAGAAUAUUCAAGAGCUUAGCUCAGCCGUAGAAGAGAAAGAUAAUUUGUUGCAUAGCUUAAGGGAAAGUAACGAAUCAGACGUAUCAUCUCAGAUACAUAGCUUACAAAAUAAAUUGAAAGCUUUGAAAUCCGAAACCAAACAGAAUAAGCUAAGAGAAAAAGAAGCGCAAGAAGAGCUAUCUGCCGCUAAAAAACUAAUUAAUGAUAAAAGUUUAGAAUGCGAUCAAAUGAGAAGCAAUAUUAGAAAGCAAUAUGAACAAAGCCUUUAUCUGACAAGAGAGAAAUACGAGAAUGAAAUAAAGAUUCUAGAAGAUAAGAUAACCUUGUUAACGGCAGAUUUCGAAAGGGUUGAAAAGACAAAUACAUAUUUAUCUACUCAAGUUCAAUUUUUCCAAGCGAGAAAGGAAGAAAGUGAAAGUGAACUGGAAAAGAGAACAAGAGAAUUACAGAGUUUAGAAGAGGAGAAAAUAAUACCGUCCAUAAAAGAUGAAACUCAGGAUAAACUUAAAGAGUUAAAGAUUACCUACGAAUCCAGCGUAACGUCCUUAGAGGAGCAGAAUAGGACUCUGAGAACCAAAAUAAGAGAUUUAGAAUCACAAAUAAACGAUUUACAAAAUAGAGAAAAUGAGGCAGAGCAAAUUCUUGUUGCUAAAGAAGAAAUGAAUAAAAAGUUAGAAUUGGUUAAGUUACAAGAUACGAAACAUUUAGCAACAGUCGAAAAGUUAGCGGAUGAACGAGUUGAACAUUACAAACAACGUUAUUUAUCAAAUUCUAAAGCUUACGAGGCAACUAUCGACUCCCUAAAAAUGGAAGUAGCUUUGUACAAACACAAAUUAGAACAACAAGAAACCGAAGCUAAGCGAUUACACGAAGAAAAUAGUGCCAUGUCUUCGUUUCUAAACAAAUAUGAGGAUCAUAUGCAAUACGAGGCAACAAACAAAUCUUGGUUCAUGCCUGACGAUGACGACGUAUCUCUCUUGGAGGAGCAGGCCGUAGAAUCCUUUAUAGAAGAUCACCGAAAUCGUACUAAACAAUUAGAGAACAAGUUGGAUACUCAUAUACACGAAUUAAAACAAUCGCUAGAUUACGAGUUAUAAAAACGUCUUUUAACCGUCCUAUCUUUUUUUUCUGUCUUUUUACCGUCAUUUUAAUAAAAUAUCUUUUUUUAAGUUUGUCACAACAAAA